AUGGCUAUAUCAGUGGGGGGUGUACUUUCAGGUGUGAACCCUUUUGAAUAUAAUGCAGGAUCGCCAGUUACUCUCUUCUUAUUCCAAGUAUGCUUAAUAUUAGCAAUGUGUAACCUUUUACACCUGAUAUUUGCGAGAAUACGUCAACCUAAAGUUAUCUCAGAGGUAAUUGCAGGGGUCAUAUUGGGUCCAACUGUAUUUGGCCAAAUACAGAAUUAUACAAACACUGUCUUCCCUAAAUCAUCUAUUCCAGGGUUAAGUUUAACUGCAAACUUAGGGAUCAUCUUAUUUAUGUUCUUUUUAGGCUUGGAAGUUGAUUUACAAUUUAUAAAGAAAAAUAUCAAAACUGCUGUAACUAUUGGCUUGGCAACAUUAGCUGUCCCUUUUGGAUGUGGGUGUUUAAUUUCUAUACCUUUAUUUCAUAAUUAUGCAAAUAAAGAUCCAAAUGGAAGAACAAUAAAAUUCACAGUCUUUAUGAUCUUUAUUGCCGUUUCAAUGUCAGUAACUGCCUUUCCCGUGUUAUGUAGAAUACUGAAUGAAUUAAGACUCAUAAAAGAUAGAGCUGGUAUCAUAGUACUAGGUGCUGGUAUUAUUAAUGAUAUAUUAGGUUGGAUCUUAUUGGCUUUAAGUAUUAUCCUAUCAAAUUCUGAAUCAAAUCCGGUCAAUACAGUUUAUAUUUUAUUAUGUACAUUUGGAUGGUUCUUAAUAUAUUUUUAUCCAGUUAGAUAUAUUUUAAAAUGGGCACUUAUAAAGACACAUGAAUUAGAUAGAUCAAGACCUUCACCAUUUGCAACAAUGUGUAUUCUAUUUAUCAUGUUUGUCUCAGCGUACUUUACUGAUAUUAUCGGAGUACAUGCAAUUUUUGGCGCUUUUAUUGCGGGAUUAAUUGUACCUAGAGAUAACAAUUAUGUUAUCAAAUUAGCUGAACGCAUGGAAGAUAUUCCAAAUAUAAUCUUAAUUCCAAUAUAUUUUGCCGUUGCGGGAUUGAAUGUAGAUUUAACUUUAUUAAAUGAAGGUAAAGAUUGGGGUUUUGUUUUUGCUUGUAUUGGGAUUGCAAUAGCUAGCAAAGUAAUUUCAGGCUGCAUAGUAGCAAAAUUAAAUGGUUUAUUUUGUCGAGAGUCACUUGCUGUUGGUAUAUUAAUGUCAUGCAAGGGUAUUGUAGAAAUUGUUGUCUUAACAGUAGGUUUAAACUCAGGAAUUAUAAAUCAGAAAAUUUACGGUAUUUUUAUUCUAAUGGCUUUGGUAUCUACAUUUGUUACGACUCCAUUGACAAUGAUUGCAUACCCUGACCAUUAUAGAAAGGAAAUAAACGAUAUAAUAAAUAAGAAAGAUGUAGAAAGUGAAACAUCAUCUAUUCAGUCCUUAUCAACUGUACCCAUUACAGCUAGUAAAAAUAAAUUAAAUACAUAUAAAGAUUUAAAAGUAUUUCAAAUAUCGGAAAUUGUUACUAUUAUUAAUAAUUCUGAAGAGAUAUCAGCAUGUUUGGAAAUGUUAAAUUAUUUUACAUUGGGAAACAAUCAACAUAACCCUGUAUCAGUCCCACUAAAUAAUAUUAAUUUAACCAAGAAUAGCAAUUCUUCUAGUAGUAAAGUAUUCCCUAGAUUCAAAAGAUUAACUAAAAGUUUGACCCAUAGUACUGAAGAUUCUAUUUCAACUCUUACAGUUAUUGAAGAAAAUCAUUGCAUUUUUGAACAAUGUUUACCAUUAAAAGCUAUCCAUUUGAGAUUAUUAACCGAAAGAACAACUGAUCUGUUACAAUCUUCAACUUUAUACAAUGAUGAUCUACAUUUUACUGCAAAUUCAGAUUCAUUAUUACAAAUAUUUUUCAUGUUUGCAAGACUAGCUAAAGUGCCAUUUUCAAGUGAAGUUAUAUUCUCAACAAUGAAAGAGAAGGCUAUAAAUAUAAACACAUUAUCUCUUAUCGAAUCUAGUUUAGUGUUUUUCCCCUUAAAAGGAGCAUCUUAUCAAUCAAAGGAUUCUUCUGUUUUAAAUGAUGAUAGAUAUAAGUCGUUUGACCAUAUUUUUUCUCAUAUAUUAGGUUCAAAUGAACUUCCGUCUAAUUAUUUCUCACAAUUAACUGAAUUGAAGUCUAAUAUUUUAUUUCUUAUUUCAAAUAAUAGUGAUCGUCUAAAUGUUGACAGAUUUAAAACAAAAAAUUUCUAUUUGCUUUUACAAAACCCUAAUAUCACAUCAUCGGAUUUACUAGCUAUAUAUUUAUUCCUUUUAAUAAAUUAUAGAGGUAGAAAGAAUCAAUACAACAUUAAAACAUCAAUUUUCAUUAAUGAAAAAAAUAGUCAUUUUAUUGAUAAUUUAUGCUCUGUAUUUGAAGAUCAGUCUUGGUUUGAAAUAUCCUCUAUUGAUAUUAUUUUAAUAAAUCCUAACGUGAAAAAUGAGAGUGACAUAUCCUGUGAAUGUUUUAUCAAAUGCGUUUUGGAGAAUAUAAGGUUAACUGAAAAAGAAGACAUGCUGGAAGAAGCCACAUUUAUAAUUGCAGAACGUUACUUUGUGGGAGGUAAUCCCUUCUCAGAUGAGGUGAAGGAUAUUAUAUUAGAGGGUGCCAACAAAAGAUUCAAUAUUCUAAUUACACAUCAUUAUAGUUCUCUUAAUGAUAAAUUUCUUGGUUAG